AACACUCUCAAACAAUAGCUAUAUAUAGCUUUGACGUUCAAUCCACAUAUUUCUCUCUUUCUUCUAUGAAGUCUUUCUUGGUUCUUUCUUUCUUUCUUUCUUCCUCUUUAUAUAUUCCUCUCUUACUCACUCUUCAUCUCUCUUCCUGUUCCUGUUUUUAAAUCGUCUGCAUUGCAUUGCAUCUGAACAACAAAAACAUAAACAUUGUCGUUAAGCAUACCAGUCGUUGUCAGAUACCAUGGGUGCACAGCAAAGUCAUCCUCAGAAAUCGACAAGCACCUCUAUCUCUCAUGUUGAGAGCGAGAUUUAUAUGCUCUCGAAGAAGAAGUCGCCCACUGCAUCGACAUCGAACCAUCGUCAUCGAAACAUUAAAAGCAGUGAUACAAGCAAGAACCAACAUCAUCAUGGUAGUAGCCGUGGUUACAACAAGUCGUCGCCAACUAGUAGUAAUAGUGGAGGUAGUGCUAGUAGCAGCAGUAAGCAUAACCAGCAACAACAACAACAACAACCAAAACAGCAGCAGACCCGCCGAUCGAUUCAGCUGUACACCAAUGUCCAGGAAGCCUCCUAUCGUCUAGUAAAACGCCACCUGAGCGAAAAGAAGGUUUCCGAACUUUUACCGCCAUCCACAUGUCCAACAAGCGAGCAGCUGCAGGGCUUUAGUAGCAGUAAUAGUAGUAGUGCUGCUGAUAAACGGAUAUCCUGUUAUUCAACUGCAACUGUAUCGUCCAGUGAAUCGCUCGCCACAGCUUUAUUUUCUGUUGCAGCCAGCACAUCAUCUUCAGCAAUAAGUCCACUUUCCUCACUAUCUUCAUGUCAUUCCAAGCUGGGGCACGAGUCGGCAGUUAUUACCGGCGGAGGAAGUGGCGGUGGAGUAAGCAGCGUCAUUACACCUUCUAGCACACUUACUGUUGCUACUAACGGAUCAUCAUCAUUACUAUCGAGCACAGAUCUACAGCAUACCUCACCCCAAGAUUCGGAUGUACGACAUGCGUCGUCGUCAUCAUCCUCCUCGUAUUACACUUUUACUAGUUGCACCACAGAAACCGAAAUGUAUUCGAGUCACGUGAACGAUGCAUCCUCAAAAAUGGCGCGCGUUUGGGUAGCACAGUGCAAAGUGCAUGGUUUUGGCACAGAACCAAAGAUCGACCAAGGCUUUCAGGAACUGGAGCGACUUGCCAAGCAAAACACACCGGAAGCAUAUGCGCCGCUCGCCGUCUGUUUUGAUUAUGGCCUGACACCGAACCGACAGCCCGAUCCACAGCGGGCAUUCAAGUGGUACAAAAAGGCAACAGGCACAGACACGACUACUAUUACUGCUACUGCUACUGCUACUCGAAUGAUCGCCUUUGCCUAUUACAGAAUGGGCGUGCUUGUUGCUGCUUCGUCAGCGUCUUUCUCUUCGCCUUCAAGACAGGCAGAGGCUUUCAAAUACUUUCAUAAGAGUGCGAUACAAGGCAGCUCCAUGGGCCAGUACAUGUUGGGUCUCUACUACCACCACGGCAUUGCCCUCAAGCAGCCCAGCCUGUCGCAUGCAACAAAGUGGUAUACCAGCUCGGCCGAACAAGGCAAUGCUGAUGCACAGGCAGCCCUAGGUCUGUUAUUAAUCGACCAUGUGAACGAGCCCGCACAAGGCGUACAGUGGCUGGAACUGUCCGCUGAACAGAAUAAUGCACGAGCGCUGUUACGACUGGGUUCUUUCUACGAGGAAGCACAGGACAACUUACGAGCCAUGGCAUACUACCAACGGGCGGCAGCAACCGCUACAGCCGAUCGUGACCUCGCGCUCGCACACUAUCUUGUUGGUAUCAACUACCGGAUGGGCGAUCUGGGCCUGGCCAUGGACGCGGCGCGCGCUGUCCAACACUUGACUGUUUCAGCGAACGCUGGUUAUGCUCCUGCCCAGCGCGCACUCGGUCUAAUGCACGCACGGGGCAUCGGUACGCCCAAGGACGAAGUCAAGGCACAUGUGCUCUACAACAAAGCCGCACUACAAGGAGAUAUCCGUGCAAUGGGUCUAUUGGCCGAACAAAACGAGCACGGUCGAGGCUGCAUCAUGGAUCUUAAAAACGCACUCCAGCUUUACGAAAAGGCUGCCAAUGCAGGGUCUGUGGCUGCACAGCUGUCACUUGCAGAGCUCUUACAACGCAUCGGACGGCGUGCACAAGCAUUUCCCUGGUUCGAAAAGGUCGCCAACGCAUCCCUAUCCGGAGAUAACGAACUAAAUAUCGAGCUGAUCCAGCAACGCAACACAGCACGACUCAUGGUCGCCCGCUACCGACUUCAGGGCUGGGGCGGCAUCGAAAAGAAAAUAGCGUGGGCGUUUAACGAGUUGAUCACACUGGCCGACUGCGAUCACUUUGUCGACGCGUAUUACUGGGUUGCAGCAUGCUACGAAGAAGGCGUAUUUGUCCAACCCAAUAUCUUGAAAGCGUUCGAAUAUUACGAAAAAGCAGCUACAAACGGCGACACCGACGGUCAGUUUCAGGUUGCUCUUUUGUUGGCCAAUGGCGUGUCCGAACCGCCUGUUGUUCUCAUCAAACGCAAUCCCGCAAAAGCCUUCGAAUGGUACGUCAAGGCAGCCGAUGCUGGACACAGGACUGCCCAGUACAGUCUCGGGCUCUAUUAUGCAAAGGCCAUUCCACCCAUUACCGAGAUUGACAGUGACAAGGCAGCCAAUCUCUUUGAACGGGCAGCAUCGCAAGGUCUGGUCGUCGCCAUGGUGCAAUUGGCAAAACUCAUGUUGGCCACUGAUUCGGGACAAGAACAAGAAGCACUUUAUUGGCUCAGACGGGCAGCUUCUCAAGGCGACGCCGCUGGAAUGCGCGAAUUGGCUGCGGCUUACGAGUCUGGCGCAGCCUCUGCAUUUAUCAAGGAAAACAGUGGUGAUGUCAACAAUAUGCGUGCCAUUGCCCUCCAGUUGUUGAAAAAGGCCGCUGAAGAAAAGAGCGAUGCGUUGUCGUGGUGCGCUAUGGCACGUUAUUAUGAAGAUGGGUGGUCCGUGCCAGUGGAUUUACAGCAAGCCAUUCGUUGCUAUGCUCAAGCAGAGUCGCUAGGUUAUCCAAAGGCAGGGUUGGCGUUAGCCGAUAUGUACGAACGCCAUGCCAUGUGGCAAGAAGCUCUCGAUAAGUAUGAUCAGAUGGCCAAGCAAAAUGAAUUGUUGAGCUCUGUGGGAUGGAAGUCCAGACUUGCCAAGGGCCGCCUUGUGGUGUUCCAACACAAGGGUACAGAUGACGACAUGGCCAUUGUAUCUGCCUGGCUGCAUGAUAUGGUCGAGCAAGACUCAGGCGCAGUAGAACCAUUCGAGAUGCUUGGUGCAUGUUACGAAUACGGGCGAGGAACAAUUCAAGAUAUCAGCAGCGCAAUCACAUGGUACGAAGCUGCGGUUGCGCAAAGCACCUCAGCGAAAACAGUAGAUUGGAUCAAAGAACGAGCACGCUUCCGAUUAGGUGCUCUUUGUUUUCAACAGAAGCAGCAUGCAACAGCCCUUAAACAAUUCGAAGCCAUGGUCCCCUUGCUUGAAGAUAUGAAUCAUCAUUCCGCCGAAACACGACAACAUGCUCGUUUGGCGAGAUACUAUCUUGGCUUUUUGCUUUUGCGUGGAGAACAUGUGGACCAUCGAAUCGAUCAAGCCAAACAAUGGCUCAGCAAAGCUGCUGAUGAAGGUGAGGGCGCUGCCGCAUAUGAGUUGGGCAUGUGGGCACUUGAAAACGACGACGACGAACAAGAAGCCAAAAGACGGUUCGAUCAAGGUGUUUCCACACGCCAUGCAGGGUGCAUGCGCCAGUUCGCUCUAAUUCUAAAACGUGAACAACGAUAUGACCUAACUUGGGAUGGCCGCGACACACUCGAAUGGCUCGAAGAUGCGGCACGCCUUGGUGACGUAGAAGCGUUGGUACAUUUGGGUCUUGCGUAUGAACGGGGUCUCGGUACCAGCAUUGUCCGAGGACAAAUUGAAAAGUCUUUACCGCUCUAUCUUGCUGCAGCACAGCAUAACAAUGUUCGCGCGAUGAUCAAGACAGGAGAAACGUUCAGCAAGUUGGGCAGACACUGUGAAGCCGUCAGCUGGCUGAAAAAGGCGGAGCCACAUAGCUUGACAGCGCGCACCAUGAUUGCAUCAUACCGACUCCAGGGUCGUGGCGGGUUGCAGCAAGAAGGCGGGUUUGCAGCUCUGCAAUCAAUUAUCAAGGAACCAGUUGCUUCUAAUGAUGAUAAUCAAGACAAGAAUGGAAUGAGCUUGGCCAUGUUUUUGUUGGGUCAAUGUUAUGAGCUUGGUCACGAGACGGAAAAGGACCUGCAAGAAGCUGCAGCAUGGUAUCACCGAGCAGUCGACAUGUCUGAGCACAUGGACGCUGCUUACCGCAUUGGUGUUCUCAGGAGCAUGCAAGGGGACGACGUUGGUGCAUUGGAAUGGUAUCGCCGUGCAGCAGAAAAGGGACGCCAUCGAGAAGCGCAAUAUCAAGUUGGUAUGUUCCACAAGGACGGUCGAGGUGGACUAGAAGCAAAUCCGAUAGUCGCACGGAAUUACUUUGUACGAGCGUCAGAUCAAGGCCAUCCACGUGCCAAAUACGAACUGGCAUACAUCCUGUGGCGCAAACGAGAAUAUCAUAAUGCUUUCCAUCUGUAUGACGUGGCCGCGAAACUCAUGGUUCCAGAAGCCCUGCGCGAGCUGGGAAACCUUUAUCAUCAAGGAUUUGCCAGUGUGGUGCCUCGCGACUACAAACGCGCGUUUAAAUGCUUUUGCGAAGCUGCCCAGCUCGGCGAUGCGACAGCCGCGCUUAUGGUGGGAACCUACUUUGAAGAAGGCUACCUUGAACAGCAGCCAGAUGCUCCGUCUAUUGGCAUUGACAGGGACCAGGCACUGCAGUGGUACGAAACGGCAUACAGACUUGGAUGCGGACCGUUGGCUGAAUUGGCGAUCGGCAACCUCAAGCACACAAUGGCGGAUGAGUUGGUCCCAGAGUUCAGCGAAGAAGCAGAAGACUUGCGUGAGGAGGCAUUUGACUGGUUCAGCGAAGUUGCAAUGCAAUUCAGAGAAGAGACUCAGCAUGCUAAUAUCAUGGUUGCUUUGUACCACAUCCAUGGCUGGGGACGUAUACCCAUCGAUGAGCAUGAAGGUUUCCGACUGCUACGACAAGUUGCAGAUGCGGGUGGUGCACAGGCUUUUGCUGAGGUGGCAAAAUGCUAUGAUGAAGGCAUCGGUGUGGAGCAAGACAUUGUCCAAGCACUCAUGUUUUGGGAAAUGGCGGCUGAAGCACAGCAAGACAUCAGCGCGAUGAUACGUGCCGGUGAGAUUCACGAUGCGGGUCUCGCUGGUCAAAGGAAUCCAACAAAGGCAUCACACUAUUAUGUCAGAGCUAAAGCAUCAGCUACGAGUCAACGAAGUCCAAGUGAAAUCACGCCAUCUUCCUCCUCAUCCUCCUCAUAUUCAUUGUCGACAAAAUCCUCCUUGGCAUCUCUCCGUCACCGGCCAUUCUAGCAAAAUCUCCCUUUUCAUCCACUUCACCACCAUAUUGUAUAACAUUUAACUUAAUCCUUUAUUCCACUGUUUCGCAGCUCAUAUACAUAGACAUGCUUAUUUUACCAAAUCAUUAUUGCUAAUAGUAUUACUUAAUGCCUAUCGUCGUCGUUGUUCUAGCCAAAUGUCCCAAGGAUCAUCGGGCUCCUAAUUUUGACCUUACACACACUCUUAUUUUACAUUACUUAUCUGAAUAAAUUGCCGUUUACAUGCAAAUCCAUAAUACUGGCACUGAAGCAAUAUCCACGUCAUGAAACGGAC